CCUUGUUUCCUACGUUCCUCGAAGGUUGUUGGAUAGUGACUACACUAGUCGGGUACAAAACUUCAUUCAAAUUUCAAACCCAUCCACAUCCUUCUCAGAAUCUUAUAUAAAAUCCUUCUUCCACAAGAAACUGAUCCUUCGUCGCUUUCUGCUAUGUUUCACCGGCGAUACCUCCCCACGGCGUCUCAGUUUGCACCUCCAUUUUUCACGACUCUGGGUUUGGUAUGAUUUCUUUCAAAUUAUGUGGAUUUUCUGGAAUUGUGGAUCGAAGAAGAUGACAGCAGAGGCAAUUCCAUCAACCACGAGAAAUACAGGCUCGACAUCUCAUGUAUCAUCAUCAAGGAGGACUUCUAAAUCAAAUCAGUCUCCUCGUGGAUCAUCGUCGGUGGCGGCGUCUAGUUCGAACGAUAGCAACAGUUACAACAAGGACUCAUGGAAAUCAUCUGUUUCAAGCGGCAGUUCACUCUCGAGCCUCCGAGAGUCAUUACCGGAAAAUCCACAUCUCUACGAUUUCAAAGAGAUUUUCUCCGCCACAAACAAAUUUCUAUCCAACAAGCUUUUUUCAUCGUCUUCUUCCACUGCCUGGCGGUGUGUGAUUCGCGGCGACGACGUGAUUGUCUUUCAACGGAAGUUUCGGCGUCCGAUAGACGCGGCUGAGCUUCGGGAUCGACUUCUCGUGAUUUGCAAGAGCCAUCACUCGAGUCUGAUUAAGCUUCGAGGUGCUUCGAUGUCCGGAAGCUACAUAUACUUGGUUUACGAUUAUGUUAAAGGUGCUAGCCUUGCCGAUUGCCUUAAAAACCCUAAGAACCCUAACUUCACCAUACUUUCCGAUUGGAUGUCGCGAAUUCAGAUUGCAGCUGAUCUCGCUCAUGGCCUCGAUUACAUUCACAACUCUACAGGAUUGGAGAAGAAAUUUAUCCACAAUCACAUCAAAAGCUCAAGCAUAAUUGUAACCCAAUCAUCGUCACUAAACGCGAAAAUAUGCCAUUUUGGAACGGCAGAGCUCUGCGGCGAAACAGAUAGCAGCUUGGAACGAGAUUCAAGUAAGCCAAAUUCAAGAUUCGUGAAAUUCGAGGGCACACGAGGCUACAUGUCGCCUGAAUUUCAGUCUACCGGAGUUCCGACGCAUAAGUCCGACUUGUACGCUUUCGGAGUUGUACUUCUGGAGAUAUUAUCAGGCGAAGAACCGUUGAAGUACAGACAAGAAAAGGGAAAUUACGUUAGAGUUUCGUUGAUCGAGACGACGAGAGAGGCGGUGGAGAGCGGCGGAGUGAGACGGUGGAUGGAUAAGAGGCUGAAUGACUCGUAUCCGGAGGAGGUGGCGGAGAAGAUGGCACGAUUGGGACUGGAGUGUGUGGAGGAUGAUCCAGAAAAGAGACCCGACAUUAGUUGGGUUGCCGGUCGGAUUUCGAAGCUUUAUUUGGAGUCACAGAGUUGGACGGAGAAGAUGGGACAGCUUCCCACUGAUUUCAGCGUCUCCAUGGCCCCUCGAUGAUGAGUCUAUCAUUUUCGUAAAUGACACAGAAGCCCCUUGUCUUUAGUGUAUGUUAAAAUCACCCACUUCUAGUUUCAGUUUUUUCGUUUUUCCAAGAGAGAUUACUUUUUAGGAAGUAAAAUAAAGAGGCCCAACACCAAACAAAAUUAAGCCUCGGAAUGAGUCGUCCAUUACACAUUCUUUAAUUAGUUUUUAGGGAUUUUUUAUAUCAAUGUUUUGUAAAUUGGAAUUUUGCUCAUUUGAAGUGUACGUACUAUGUAGUAUUGUAAAUCAUAUUUAUUAUAUAAUUGUCUUUAUUAAUAAUA